GUAGUAUACGAAUAGGAUUUCGAGCGAAAUCAAACUCGGGUGCAGUACGCCAGAAUGCACCCAAGUGCCUUUCUUCUUUUGUAUUGAGGCGUUUUGAACGUCAUUUCAUUUUUCUUUCAACUCAUAGAAAGUUUUGAAGGAUUUCGGCUCUUAGAAAUAAAAUAAAAUCAAUGUGAAAACUUUUUCCACUUGACUGUUUUGUUUUUUCAGCUGGAGAAAUCGAGCAGCUGUGUGUAUGGCUCCGCCGAAAAAACCCAACAAAAUGAAGAAAGAUUCGAAGAAAUUUCAGAAGGGGAAGAAAAAGAAGAAGAAGAACAAGAACAAGAUCAUUAAUAAGACGGUUGCAGUAGACAAUAAAGCUAUUGAUUCCGAAUGGUGGGAUAUUUUCUGGAAGAGGAACUCUAAUAAUUCCGAGGUUCCACUUGAUGAGGACCAAGGAUUCAAGCAUUUCUUUCGGGUUUCAAAGAAAAGUUUUGAGUACAUCUGCUCACUUGUAAGGGAAGAUCUCAUCUCCAGACCUCCUUCUGGGCUCAUCAACAUCGAGGGGAGACUCCUGAGUGUCGAGAAGCAAGUUGCUAUUGCUUUACGGAGAUUGGCUUCUGGUGAGUCUCAAGUUUCAGUGGGAGCUUCCUUUGGGGUGGGGCAAUCCACAGUUUCCCAGGUUACGUGGAGAUUCAUCGAGGCCAUGGAGGAGCGUGCCAGGCACCACCUCAAGUGGCCUGACUUGACCCAAAUGGGGCGAAUCACAUCUGGUUUUGAAGCAUUGUGUGGGUUGCCUAAUUGCUGUGGAGCCAUAGAUUCCACUCACAUAGUUAUGACCCUUCCUGCUGUUCAAACCUCGGAUGAUUGGUGCGAUCAGGAGAGCAAUUACAGCAUGUUCGUGCAGGGGGUUGUGGACUUUGAGAUGCGAUUUCUGGACAUAGUGACUGGAUGGCCCGGAGGCAUGCCUAUUUCCCGACUGCUCAAGUGUUCUGGCUUCUACAAACUCUGCGAGAGUGGGGCACGUCUGAAUGGAAACAUGAAGAAACUGUGCUGCGGAGAAGAGAUUAGAGAAUACAUCGUUGGUGGUGCUACUUAUCCUCUUCUCCCAUGGCUUGUAACUCCAUUUGAUGGGGACGAACCACCAGAGUUCAAUCCGGUGCUUGAGAGUGCAAGAUCUGCUGCUGUGAAGGCGUUUUCACAACUCAAGGGCGGUUGGAGAAUCCUCAACAAGGUAAUGUGGAGGCCCGACAAAAGGAAGCUACCGAGCAUCAUCUUGGUAUGUUGUUUACUUCAUAAUAUCAUUAUUGAUUGUGGAGAUACCUUGAAUCCCGACGUUGCCUUGUCCGCUCAUCACGACUCCGGUUAUAAAGCUCAUGUUUGUAAGCAAAUUGAUCCUCUAGGCAGAGAUGUCAGGGACAAGUUGGUUAAGCAUUUGUUUUGUACAAAGGAAAAGCUUUUGUGCGCUUGACUGAGUGUAUGAGCUAUUCUUUUCUUAAUUGAAUGUCAUGGUUUAACCUUUUUUGAUCAAA